GAAAUACAUAACUUUAAAUACAUCCGUGUAGCUCUGUCCUCAGUCUUUGCGAUGUUUUCUACGUGUAACGACUGUAGGAUGUGGAGACGUAGGCCGACCACCAACUCGAGGAGGCUAUCCUUGUCACUCCCAAGACCUCCCCGCUAUUCUUACCGAACCAACGAUAUUAGAGAUGACAAGAAGAGAAUACUGGAAGUGCAAAAUGUUGACCUACUGUUUAGGUCAAACGGAGAGGCUCAUCACACUGAUUUAUUCCAGUUGAUGUGGAGGAAGGAAAAUCCACAAUUAGUUGUAAGAAGAGGUCAAGUGUUUAACCUGAAAAUAACAUUGACCAGACCAUACAUUGAAGAUCAUGACUCAAUUUCAUUUAUUUUCUCCCUUAGCGAUUGUGAAAAUCCUAGUCUUGGACAAGGAACGCUUGUUGCCAUCCCGCUCACAAAGCGUGAAAAAUUGAAAGAAGAGCAUCUCAUUUGGUCUGCACAGCUUGAAUCUGUCUCAAACAAUGUUAUCAAUGUUAAGAUAACAACUUCAGUGAAAUGCAUAGUCGGAAAGUGGUCUAUGGACAUUGACACAAAAUUGUCUCAUAAUUUGACAUUAAACUACAGUUAUAAAGGGUUGAUUUACAUUCUAUUUAAUCCAUGGAAUAAAUAUGAAGAAGUGUAUUUACAAAAUCAUGAAGAGCGGGAUGAAUAUGUGUUAAGUGAAUCAGGCUUGAUAUACCGAGGAACUCAUACUAGAAUUAAACCUUGCCCUUGGAAAUAUUCACAAUUUGAGACUGAUGUCCUUGACUGUUCAAUAAUGCUUUUCAAUAAAAUAAGCAAGGUAUCUUUUUCAAGUAUGAACGACCCAAUACAAAUCUGCAGGGCUUUGUCAGCAGCUGUGAAUGAUCAAGAUGAUAAUGGGGUAGUAAAAGGAAACUGGACGGAUGAUCAUGGUGGUGGAGUAAGUCCUACAGUUUGGACUGGAAGCAUGAAAAUUUUGCAGAAAUACUUCAAAACCAAGAAACCUGUCAAGUAUGGCCAAUGCUGGGUAUUUGCGGGUGUCCUCACAACUGUGUGCAGAGCUCUUGGAAUUCCGGCCAGACCUGUGUCAUGCUUUGAUUGUGGGCAUGACUCGAUGGGCAGUCUCACAAUUGAUUAUUUCUACGAUGAGGAAGGGAAAUACAUGAAUGAACUCCAACACGAAUCAAUAUGGAAUUUUCACGUAUGGACUGAGGUUUAUAUGAAACGUCUUGACAUUGGAAAGGAAUUUGAUGGAUGGCAGGUGAUUGAUUCAACGCCGCAGGAGCUGAGUGACAAUCAGUUUAAAUGCGGCCCUACAUCAGUUCAUGCAGUUAAAAACGGCCGCAUUCUGACACCUUAUGAUGGUAGUUUUAUCUUUGCUGAAGUCAAUGCUGAUUUGGUAUACUGGAAGUACAUUGGACCAACACAACCUCUUAAACUAAUAAAAACUGAUACCAAAAAGAUUGGAAAACUUAUUUUGACAAAGGCUGUACAUGAGUGGGAUAAGGAAGAUAUCACCCAAAAUUACAAACAUCCUGAAGAUACAAAUGAAGAAAGAUUGACAAUGAUGUCUGCCCUUCAAAAAAGUGGAAACUCGCUGAGCAGGUUUUACCUCAAUGAAAAUUUUAAUGACAUCAAAUUUGAUUUGAAACUUGUCGAUGACAUAAUUAUAGGAUCAUCAUUUGUAGUUUCUUUGAAAAUGAUUAACAAAAGUGUAACUAAGAAUUACCAAGUACGUGUAAAUCUAGCUGCUGAUGCUAUUACAUAUACUGGAAAACAAAAAGGAGAAAUCAAAAGAAUACAAAGAGACAUCACAGUGGAAAAAAAUUCAGGAGAAGAAGUAAACAUGACAGUCACUUACAACGAUUAUGCUGAUAAACUUGUCGACCAGGCUUCUCUCAGUGCAUCGUGUCUUGCUAGAGUUGUUGAUACAGAUUUUGAUUUCUAUGCUGAAGAUGAUUUUAGGGUUAGGCAGCCUGAUAUAAAAAUGAUUGUGUCUGGGGAUCCUGUCAUUGGAAAACCCAUUAAAAUCAAAGCCAGCUUCAUAAACCCUUUACCGAUCCCGAUAAAGAAAGGUUUUUUCUCAAUCGAUGGACCUGGGAUUACAGACAAGUCGAAGAAGAAGAUAUUCGAUGCUCCUCCACAUGAGGAAAUAUCAGCGGAAUUCAUUCUUCAACCUCAAUACCUCGGUGAUCACAUGGUAGUUGCAAAGUUUGUAUCUAAAGAAUUGAGUGAUGUAGAUGGAUUUAUGAGAAUCUCAGUGAAUUAGAAACAAUUAGUUUAAACCAUGAAGCAUUAAUCUGUAACUAGUUAAAUUUAUAUGUUUUAAUAUUUAGUUAAUGCCUUGAUGUUUAAUUCAUACAAACUAAUUUUUCAAUUAUGUCAAAUAAUAAAGUUUUAUAGCAUGCACAUAAGAAUUAUGUUUAGUCAACUUCUGUAAGUGAUUAUGGCUAAAAUUUAUAAGUGAUAAUAUAAUUGUCAAUCAAGCAUUUUUCAUUCACAUUUUAUUUAUUUAAAUGUUAUAUACAGUGUUUUCAAUUAUGACAUUUUCAGA